GGGGCCUUUGCUCCUACAUUUCAAAUUAAAAUGAACCAAUUUGGCUAAUUAAUAACGGUAACAUUAAAUACCUAAUCCAUUGAUUUUUAUCAGCCAAGCCAAAAACAAAAAUGUAAACAUAUCCCAGUAGUGAGUCUUUGUUAGUUGAGCACAAUGUCUGGGGGAGAGAAAAAGAAAAAGGCCACCCGUUCGCAGGGCUGGGAAGAGGCGGGCUCGGAAUUCUAUCAGGAAAACUAUCCAGGUGAUAGAGACAUUGAAGUACUUUGGAAGGACCCCAAAAGAUUGGCUACUUUGCUGCCAAGCAAACAAACAAGAGCUGUUGCUGCUACAAUUCGUUUAAGAACCAAUGAUACAAGAACCAACAAAAGCACAGUUCGUCGAUACACUGCCAACAGAUCGAGGAGUCGCAGAGAUUCUGCUACUGUGCAACGUCGAGCGUCUACAAUAGGCGGUGAAGUACAGGUUUCAAUGCUGCCCGAUUUGUCAGAAAUGAGGUCUAAUGAAGAAACUGCCUGGGACGAAAUAAUGAAAAUUAAAGAGUUACCGAUACCGAUGUGGAAAAAGAGGGAGGAAAAAGCGAAAAUAAUGAGCGAACAACACCUAAGACUUCAAGGCUUCGAACAAUUCAAAUGGAAACGCAAAAAGGCCUGGCAACAUUUCACCACAAGACUGACAGAGUCCUACCACAAAAUCGAACUGUGGCGCCGCGACCUCAAGCAUAUAGAAGGCCACUUUGGUACCGGAGUAGUAGCCUUUUUCCGUUUCAUCAAGUGGCUAUUUUUCCUCAAUUUGUCCAUAACAUUAUUGGUGGGGGCAUUUGUGGUAUUCCCCGCCUUUUAUUUUGAUGACAGAUCAAUUAAUUGCGAAUUGCAGCCUUCAACAUGCUACAAGCAGUACUACUGCAAUAUUAAUAGUAGCUCGAAUUUGGCUUUGAGUAUUAUACAAGGUACUGGCCAGUUGGAAAGUACACCGCUGUUUUACGGGUACUAUCAGAACAAAAUUCACAGCUACACUUUGUUCAAUACAAAUAUGUAUUAUAAUCUUCCUUUAGCUUAUAUUUUGAUAACUUUGGUGUUAUUUUUAGUGUCAUUGAUAGCUAUAGUACGUACAGGGGCCAAAGGGUUUAGGGAGCGAUUAGUGCAAGGCGAAGGUCAGUUUUAUCAAUAUUCCAAUUUGAUUUUCGGGGGUUGGGAUUUUUGUAUACACAACGAAAAAAGCGCUAGAAUAAAGCACAAAGCUUUACACAGUGAGCUUAAGAGUUUAUUGGAAAUCGAACGGUUAGAAGACGAGAGACAAAGUAGAACCAAACAGGAACGAUGGCGGAUUUUUUUUCUGAGGUUUUUGGUCAAUACGAUUGUUUUAGCUGUUUUGGUUCUUAGCGGCUGUGCUAUUUAUUUUGUUUUCAGAUACUCGAAUCAGCAUACUGAAACUAAUAAAAUGCUUCGGUUGUUUUACGAGUUCUUACCGUCAAUGUGUAUAGUGGCCCUAAAUAUUACUGUGCCAUUUAUAUUUCAGUUUUUGUUGUCGUAUGAGCACUAUAGUCCUCUAGUGCAAAUAAGAAUGGCUUUGAUUCGGACUGUAUUUUUACGAUUAGCUUCAUUGAUAGUGUUUUAUUUUUCUAUGUAUAGUAAAAUACGUUGCGAUAGUGGAGGGCUUAAUACUAGUAACGAGUGUAGUAAUUGUGCUGGUAGGCCUGAUUGUUGGGAAACUUUUGUGGGACAGCAAAUUUACAAAUUGCUCUUAACUGAUUUUGCUAUACAAUUAGGCAUAACGUUUUUGGUCAAUUUCUGUAGGGCCUUUUUAGCCAGGCAUAUAAAUAAUCGGUUUUUUAAGUUUAUUGGAGAACAAAGCUUUGACUUACCAAAGCACGCUUUAGAUGUAGUGUAUAUACAAACUUUAUGUUGGGUUGGGGUGUUUUUUGCUCCAAUAAUCAGUGUGAUGUCUUCUUUAAUAUUUUUCGUCUUGUUUUAUGUUAAAAAGUUUGCUUGUUUGGUUAACAGUAAGCCUAGCGGUAAUGUUUACAGAGCCUCUAAGUCUACGUCAAUGUUUAUGGCUGUAAUGCUGUUUUCUUAUCCAGUAGCUCUAGCCCCUAUAGCUCUUAUUAUUUCUGAAAUACGCCCGAGUUCUUCGUGUGGUCCCUUUCAAACAUUAGACACCAUUUGGUCGUUGAUUAAUAACACUUUUAUCGAUACACCUACUUUAGUGCAAAAUUUCGUUAAUUUUCUAGUCACUCCAGCAUUUACUAUUCCAUUGUUUAUUAUUUUAAUUUUACUUUUGUAUUAUUAUACUUCGGUUAAUUCUGCCAACAGACACAUGGUGACUGUGCUCAAAAAUCAGCUUGUUUUAGAGGGACACGAUAAGAAAUUUUUAAUUGAUCGCCUCUUGAUGUUUAUUAAGCAAGAAAAUGAUAAAAGAGCCAGGCUUGCCAAUCAUAUGAUGGAUGGAGAUACAAUAACCAAUGCUAGUAGUAUUCAGUCUUAAAUAUUGUAAAUAUUUUUCCAUUUUGCUUUUCUCAUCCAUAUAUGAAUGUGAUAUAUAAGUAUAGUCACCCAUUUUUUUUAUAUACAAAUUAAUAUUUAGUAGAUUAUUAGGUAUCAAAAACGUUUUUUUUUUUUUGUUAAGUCCAUCCACUUAAAUGUGUAAAUAUUUACCAAUGUCCAAAAUUAUUAAGCUCAAAACCCUCAUGAAAUCAAGCGCUUGACGUCCAUAAUCCAUAGUUUAACCCUUCCAUUAUCCUGUUGAGAAGUUUUCUUCUUUUUGUGAUAUUUUCAAUUAUUUAUUUUUAAUAA